GGAUGGCCCAGAGCGUGGGUAGGACCGGGCUCAUUCUUCCUCUCCCCCUCCCUGCAGGCCCAGGGCCCCGGCCAGUACCCAGCCCCGCUGGGAGCCCGGCCAGCACCACGGACAGCACCCAGGAAGCCCGGGUCCCCCUGGACGGGGCCUUCUGGAUCCCCAGGCCCCCGGCAGGUUCGCCCAAGGGCUGUUUCGCGUGCGUGUCCAAGCCCCCCGCCCUGCAGGCUCCAGCGGCCCCCGCCCCUGAGCCGUCGGCCUCGCCGCCCAUGGCACCCACCCUGUUCCCCAUGGAGUCCAAGAGCAGCAAGGCGGACAGCGUGCGGGCCGCGGGCGCCCCCCAGGCCUGCAAGCACCUGGCGGAGAAGAAGACCAUGACCAACCCCGCGACGGUCAUUGAGGUGUACCCGGACACCACGGAGGUGAACGACUACUACCUGUGGUCCAUCUUCAACUUCGUCUACCUCAACUUCUGCUGCCUGGGCUUCAUCGCCCUGGCCUACUCCCUCAAAGUUCGGGACAAGAAGCUCCUCAACGACCUGAACGGAGCCGUGGAGGACGCCAAGACAGCCCGGCUGUUCAACAUCACCAGCUCUGCCCUGGCGGCCUCCUGCAUCAUCCUUGUCUUCAUCUUCCUGCGGUACCCGCUCACCGACUACUAGGCCCCGACGGCACCGCAGCCUGGAGACCAAGAGCCGAGGUUCAUUUUUGUGUCUGAUGCGCUGCCGGCUGCCGGGAGGCCAGGGCAGAGCAGGGCGCCCGCCGGGGACCCCCGAGCCGUGAGCCCAGCACCGAGGCCAUCAGAAGCUUCGUACAGUAAUUAUCAGGCGGCGAGCCUCCUGCCAGCCCACCCUCUGGCCUCCUGGUCCUCGCCUGUGUCUGGGGGGCCCGGGGGACUCUCCCUGUGCUGCUGCACCCUGGCUUCCAGUGGCUGCCCUCCCUGCCUGCCUGUGCCCCCCAGGCUCCUGGGGCCCCUCAGAUCUGACCCCCAGCAAGAAGGGCUUCUGUAGGAGCUUCCCAGAGAAGCUCUGGGGGUGCUGCCAGCACCUGGGGACGUACCCCACCCUCCCUGACCCCCCCCCCUCCAAGCUGUGACCCUGCUCAGAGCUCUUGUAUCUGUGAACUUCCAAUAAAACACCUGCCCAGCUC